UCUGAUAACCAUUUUUAGGCAAAAACCUGUCGCUCCAUUACACAAAUCAACCUCUUUACAUUUGUGUUCAGUCUAAGUACUUUCCUACAGAUUAGUCAGCUCACAGAGGACCUCACAGAGCGGCCGGCGGACACAAGACGAGUCUGACUUCCCUUUACAUCAUACAGCAACACGAGACCAUCAGACCUCGGGAGUUUAUCAUCACCACCACCACAUCAUCAUCAUCAUCAUCUACAGCAGCAGCAGCAUGUCGGCAUCGCAGGCGCGCGAGGCAGCAUCUCCCCUUCAAUUAUGCAGGAUCAUGCGGCCAGACGAUGCCAACAUUGUGGGCAAUGUCCACGGCGGUAUCAUCCUAAAGAUGAUCGAGGAAGCCGGAUGCAUCGUUGGCACGCGACACUGCAACACACAGAGCGGGGACCGCGGUGUGGCGGCUCUGGUUCGGGUGGAGAAGACGGAGUUCCUGUUCCCCGUGUUCAUCGGCGAGGUCGCCCACGUCACCGCUGAGAUCACUUACACAUCCAAACACUCACUGGAGGUGCAGGUCAAAGUCAUGGCUGAGAACAUCCUCACAGGUGCCAAAAAGCUGGCCAACAAGGCAGCGCUGUGGUACGUCCCCUGCUCUCUGCAGAAUGUCGACAAGAUCAUGCAAGUGCCGCCCAUCAAGUAUGCCAGUGCAGAACAAGAGGAGGAAGGCAAGAAGCGCUACGAGGCUCAGAAGAUGGAGAGACUGGAGACCAAAGCGAGGAUUGAAGAGGUGGUGCCACCUCCACCCAACCCAGAACAACACACAGUUGGCUUCAGCCAGUCCAGUCUGAUUCAUUUGGUGGGGCCCUCUGACUGCACGCUACACCACUAUGUCCAUGGCGGUGUGACCAUGAAGCUGAUGGAUGAGGUUGCCGGCAUUGUGGCAGCUCGGCACUGCAACACCAACAUUGUCACAGCCUCUGUGGACGCCAUCAACUUCCAUCGCAAGAUCAACAAAGGUUGCGUGGUGACGGUGACGGGGCGGAUGACGUUCGCCAGUAACAAGUCUAUGGAAAUUGAAGUGUUGGUAGAUGCUUCCCCGUUGAUGGAGAAGGGAAAGGAGAAAUAUCGUGCUGUCUCAGCCUUCUUCACCUUCAUCUCCCUGGACAAGGACAACAGGCCUCUGCCUGUCCCUCCUCUUAAGAUCGACGGAGAGGAGGAGCAGAGACGUUUCGAAGAAGGCAAAGCACGUUACCUCCACAAUAAAGCAAAGAGGCUUGCAGAUAAAGAAGCCGCUGCUCACCAGAAUUAACCGUCUACAACGACAGUAUAUAAACACCACACAACACAUAAAGUAUGAAGGAAAUAACUGUAACUGUAGCCUCCUGUUAAACCUGGACCUGUGAUGAUUUAUUUUCCUGUGCUAGGCACCAAAUUGUCCACAUAUACUGUAUUUUAAAGUAAGAGUACAUAUUAUUUUUUGCGGAUAUUUUUAUUGAUGUAUGAAGACUAUUUAUGAUCACUGUCAUUGCAAAGUGACGGUCUGACUGUGGAAGUAUUUUAUUUUUAAGAUGAUUUUUAAGUAUGAAGACUUCAUGAUUGGUGUCAGUGCAAAAACGAUAGUCUGAAAGAGAAAAUGAUGAAUAAGAGAGUGAAUAAUAAUGAAUAAAAGAUCCAAGCGU